UGUAACUUGUGUUAGCUCCAGGAAAAGAAAAAAAUGGAUAUGGAAACCACUGUGCUAACGGGAAUUUUGAUAAUUUGCCUAUAUAUCUUCCUUAAAAUUUUCCGAACAGCACGGCGUAACCGUCUUCCGCCGUUUCCGGGGGUACCCAUUCCAAUUAUCGGCCACCUCCACCUCCUGAAGCCGCCGCUUCACCGCACUCUAUACCGCCUGUCUCAGAAUCACGGCCCAAUCUUCUCUCUCAGGCUGGGGAGCCGCCUUGUCGUGGUCGUCUCAUCGCCGUCGCUGGCGGAGGAAUGUUUCACUACCCACGACGCCGUUUUGGCCAAUCGGCCUCGCAAUCUCGCCGGGAAGUAUAUAGGCUACAACAACGGCACCAUGGCGGGACUCCCUUAUUCCGACCAGUGGCGCCACCUCCGCCGCCUCAGCGCCCAGGAAAUCUUCUCCGCCGCCCGCCUCAACUCCUUCCUCUCCAUCCGACAAGACGAAGUGAAGCAUCUUUUGCAGGGCCUCUACCGAGAUUCGAAAACUUCGUUUGCCAAGGUGGAGAUUAAGCCGAAAUUAGGCCAAGCGGCGUUCAAUGUAAUCAUGAGGAUGAUUGCCGGGAAGAGAUAUUUUGGGGAGAACGACAACCAGGAAACCAAUAAUGUUCCGGAGCUGAUAAACGAGGUUCUGGAAACCGCGGAAGCUUCGAAUCCAGAGGAUUUCUUCCCGCUGCUGAGGUGGUUGGAUUGCAGAGGCUUGAAGAAGAAGCUGGCGGCGCUUGGCGACAGAUUGGACGAUUUCCAGCAAUCGCUGAUUGAUGAACACCGCCGUGAAAAGAGGACGAGUACGAUGAUUGGGCAUUUACUCUCCCUGCAAGAAUCGCAGCCGCUAUUCUACACCGAUCUCACCAUUAAAGGCCUUAUUAAUAACAUGAUAAUUGCUGGUACAGAUACAUCAGCAGUGACGAUGGAGUGGGUGAUGUCAGCAUUGCUCAACCAUCCUGAGGUGAUGAAGAAGGCAAGAGCUGAGCUUGACAGAGUUGUUGGUUGUGGGCGCUUGGUUGAUGAGCCAGAUUUGUCUGAAUUACCAUAUCUUCAAUGCAUCAUAUCUGAAACCUUUCGUCUAUUUCCAGCAGGACCAAUGUUAUUGCCACAUUAUUCAUCUCAACCCUGCAAGGUUGGUGGCUAUGAGAUUCCUAGCGACACAAUGUUGUUGGUUAAUGCUUGGGCUGUCCAUAGGGAUCCCGGCCUUUGGGACGAUCCAAUGAGGUUCGUGCCCGAGAGGUUUGAAGGCAGAGAAGGGGAAUCUUCGCAGCUGCUAAUGCCCUUCGGGAUGGGGAGGAGGUCGUGCCCUGGUGCUGGACUUGCACGACGCAUGAUAGGUUUAGUCUUAGCCUCUCUAAUACAAUGUUUUGAGUGGGAGAGGGUCACCAAAGAUCAGGUUGAUAUGACUGAGGGCAAAGGGCUAACCAUGCCCAAAGCUAAGCCAUUGGAAGCCAUGUGCAAAGCGCGCGAAGAAAUGCAUAAGGUUCUUGCAUUGUCCUGAUUGGCUUAUGCAGAACUUGUAAUUUUCCAAGUUUUAAUCCUUUCAAGAUUCACCCUUAUUCUCACAGCCUGUUAUUGUUGUUUAUAUCAGUCUCUGCAAAACUAUAGUGAGUUAGUGUUUAUCAUUAGCUGCAGAUUUGCAGAGUAAUAUCACCAAAAAGCUUGAAACAUCAAAGCCUUAUGACAGUUGGGAUAGCUUUAAUUCUGUGAUAAUGAUGUUUAGCUCCUUUAACAUUCAUUGUCAGGAAAUAUAUAUCACAUCUACGUUCUGAUCUUA